AUGUCCCUAUCCGCGAAGCAGACUAAUACUAAUGCUGAAGAGCACGACGAACUUCAACAUGUACGCAUCCAUUCUCAAUGUGGUGCUUGUGGUUUCCUUUUCUGUGUAGGGGAUCGUCUAGUUGCUCCGGCUGAAGAAACUGCUACAAUUCACGCGGAUUGUUUCAAUCUAUAUAAAAGUCAAGCAACCUACCAAGACAAAGUAUAUCGACUCUGGUUUGCUUCCCUUAGGAUAUAUCCGUGGCCUGGUAGCCCAGCUCUCUUACUCCCCCCAAAGCCGGAUAUAGACCGUGCCAGCCGUCUUGCCGCAGAUAUAUACAAUCUAAAGCAGCUAUCUAAGCUUCCUAGCGAAAUCAACACUAUGAUAUGGAACUUCUCGAGACGUAAUGAUCUAUUGCGUUUCUCCGCCGUGCUUCAAAUGAUCGAUACACUCUCUUCUACAAGUUACGAUAGAUUGGUAUCAACAAGCCUUCGUCAUAUUCAAGAUUGGCGUCGCGGGGACUAUCCUAUCAUCAACACAAACAGUUCAUGCUCUCUCAUUCAACUAACAAUUGAUUCAAAAGGUAUUAAGUCUAUUCAAGGGCUACAGCAUUCUAUAUAUAAACCUCCAUCCCAAUUCGUUGUAUAUAUGACCUUUAAGGCUAGUCAAAAUCUAUCCAUCAACUUUCAAGUCGGUUAA